CAAAAGGUCCCUCCGGCUUCUAACACUCCCUGGUCGCACAGAUCCUAAUCUUCUCCGGUGCUGAGGUCUGCGGCGAGGCAGAAUGGGCAGGAGUGCCGAGCUGCGGAGUCUGAGAGGCGGGUGAAGAACGGCGAAUAGUUUCUCGGCAGGACCGUUCGGCCCCCGUAGCCACGCGCCGGCCGUGGGUGCGCAGCCCCAAGACGCGCAGGUCUCGUCCCCGGCAACUGGAUGCUUACGGGCGCAGACGUCAGCCAGACCCCGGCCUAAAACGCUCGCCUGGCUGCUCAGUCUCCUGGCCUUCUCCCCUCAAGGUCGGCAGGGCCGAGCCUGAGCUCCCAGUGAAGGCACCCUGGGCCCAGAGCGCUCGCGGGCCUCCUCUCCAAUGAUCCAGAAGUCACGCCCGGCGCUGCUACCACAGCAAGAUGUCGGAGACACGGUGGAAACGCUUAUGUUACAUCCAGUAAUCAAGGCUUUCCUAUGUGGCUCCAUCAGUGGGACCUGCUCUACCCUCUUAUUCCAACCUCUGGAUCUCCUCAAAACACGCCUGCAGACUCUCCAGCCCUCAGACCAUGGGUCUAGAAGAGUCGGGAUGCUGGCUCUACUUGUGAAGGUGGUUCGCACAGAGAGUCUUUUGGGCCUUUGGAAAGGGAUGUCUCCUUCCAUUGUGAGAUGUGUCCCUGGUGUUGGAAUCUACUUUGGCACUCUCUACUCUUCAAAGCAGUAUUUCUUGCGAGGCCAUCCCCCCACUGCUCUGGAGUCAGUCAUACUUGGGGUGGGCUCUCGCUCUGUUGCAGGAGUCUGCAUGUCGCCUAUCACUGUGAUCAAGACACGUUAUGAGAGUGGGAAGUAUGGCUAUGAUAGUAUCUACAACGCCCUGAGAAGCAUCUAUCGAAACGAGGGGCACCGGGGUCUCUUCAGCGGCUUGACAGCAACUCUCCUUCGUGAUGCGCCUUUUUCAGGAAUCUACCUGAUGUUUUACAACCAAACCAAAAACAUAGUGCCUCACGACCAGUUGGAUGCAACCUUUAUUCCCAUGGUAAAUUUCAGCUGUGGGAUAUUUGCUGGUAUUCUGGCCUCACUGGUAACACAACCUGCAGAUGUUAUCAAAACUCAUAUGCAGCUCUCCCCAGUGAAAUUUCAGUGGAUUGGCCAAGCAGUGGCAUUUAUUUUCAAAGACUAUGGACUUCGUGGCUUCUUCCAAGGUGGUGUCCCCCGGGCCCUCCGCAGAACUCUGAUGGCAGCAAUGGCAUGGACAGUGUAUGAAGAGAUGAUGGCCAAGAUGGGCCUGAAGUCCUGACCAAGAAACAAUUGGGAAAGGGUGGAAUCUAUUGCCCUGCUUGGUUUCUGCCAAGGGCUGCUGCUCCUCACUAUCCUGGAGUAAGAUUGUAGCCCUGUCUGGAAAGCCAGGCAGAAAUGUCAUUGCCUUUGCCCCAUUCAAGGAGAAAAUAGAUGCUCCUGACUCAAGCCUUCAGAAUCUCCCAAAAGAAGAGUCACCAAUACAUACAGCACACUGAUGAGUUAGGAGAAAGCUUAGCAUACCUUGUGAAGCUACUUGCAAAGGCAUUUCUAGGGAGAGGGCUGUCGGGUGGCUCCAGUUCAAACCCCCAUGUACACCUUGUGCCUCCUUGGGGACAUUCUUGGGCAAGGAAUCACAAAGCCGGAGAACUUGUAGGCUGAAAAGCUCCAACCAGGGAAGACUGGAUCUGAGGAAGGAGUUACUGUCACUAGGCUAAAAACUCUGAGGUGGUAUUUAGGAUGAGGGAGAAAAGAUGCCCUUAUUUAAUUAACUGGUUCCUAGUCAGGUUCUCAGAGGCUUUUAAAAGUCUAAAUAAAAUGUUUGGUCUUGGUCUCUGUUAGUGUUCAACCUCUAAGUUAUCCUGACUUUUUUUUUUUUUGCAACUAAAGUUUAAAUAAAUAAAGUAUUUUACUGUUGAAAAUUGUUGGGAAAACCUAAAUAGUGUCAUCUCUAUGUUCUAAAAUAACAAAAUAGUUCUAGGAUGGCUGGCUCCAGACCUAUAUUAGGUCUCUAAAACCUAAUUUUUUUUAAACAGUCUUAUUUUACAUAUGAUAACAAUUCACCUAUUUCAAGUAUAGAGUAAUUUUUAGUAAGUUUACUGAAUGGUUUGCAGCCAACACUGUAAAUCAGUUUGAUUGCAGUAAACUGAUUACAAUAAAAUCUUAUGUCCAUUUAUAAUUAAUCCUUACUCUCAGCCCAGCUCACCACAGAUCUACUUUCUUUGUAAAUUUGCCUUUUCUGGAUACUUCAUAUAAGUGGAAAUAUAUAGAAUGUCAUCUCUGUGUCAGGCUGUUUUUACUUUGUACUUUGAGGUUCAUCCAUAAAGUGACGUGUAUAAUACUUAAAGUUAUUUUUUAUGGCCAAACAAUAUUCUGUCAUGUGCAUAUACUCUAUCCAUUCAUGAGUUGAAAAAUAUGAUUGUUUCUACUUUGAGGUUAUUACAUAUA